AAGGAGGACAUCACUUCCUGUCAUUUCUACCAGCCAACGGAAAUAGUUAACUGAGCAAAAUGGCUCAAAUGGCAACUCCCUAUGUUGAAGAUGACUCUGGUAAGGCUGAUUUAAGUCAGAACGCUGAUUAAAUAUUGUUGGAGUUUGAGAAUAAAUACAAUUUAGAAUGACUAACCCGUUUGUCUUUAGAUCGCUUCCCCAGAACAGUAACCCAGCAACGCUCGCGUUGUGGAGCGAACACAUUGUCCAAGUGUGCUGCUGCUGGCUAACCAGUUAGCUAGCUAACAAACACACCAGUUAACGUAGUUAGCUAGCUGACUAAACUCAACGAGUUAACAGAUAGCUAGCGUAGCCAACGUUACUACUAGAUAAUAUUUAUAGUUAAUAGCUAUGUCUUAACUAUCUUACGUUAGCUAUAUGGGAAACUAGAUUAUGUUGGCUAGCCUUUUUGCACAAAUGUUUCAGGCUGUAUAUACCAAUUAAUUGUGUACUACAGCCUGAUAUAUCAGACUACAGUAGCCCACUAAUUUACUGUUAAGGAGUGUAGUCCAGCGGUUUUCAAACCUCUCCUCGAGGACCUCCAGACCUUUCACAAUUCAUAGUAAAGGAAUUGAUAUUAGUUGAGAAGUUGAAUCAGGUAUGCUAGCUGUGCAAUAGUUAUAAUACAUGGAACGGCUAAGAGUCCCAGAGGAGAAGUUUUAAAAACCCCUGGCUUAGUCAAAGUGCGUGCUGUGCGCAGUUUUGCGCGCUGACCAGCGAGAAGUAGGCCUAUUCCUGAUCUGGCACAUCUGCGUGUCACGUUUUUUGAUAUGCAGGGUAAAGUUAAUAAUUUCAUAAUGAGGACAGCAAUCACUUUUGCUACUAGCACUGCAUGGUUGAAACAGGAGAAGAGCUCACUCCGAUUGAGUAUCAACUUCCAAAUGGUCUAAACCAGGGGUACUCAACUCUUAGCCUACGAGGUCCGGAGCCUGAUGGUUUUCUGUUUCUUCCUGAUAAUUAAUUGCACACACCUGGUGUCCCAGGUCUAAAUCAGUCCCUAAUCAGAAGGGAACAAUGAAAAAAGACAGUGGAACUGGCUGAGACAAAAAGCAAACAUUACUAACUAAUAGUGAGGUGGAAGAUGCUCAGUUUCCCUUCUGGCUCAGCUCAGGCGCGUACAUACACCAUAGACAUAUACAUCAUUCACACACACACACACACACACACAGUCGGCUCAGACAUAUCCGGCUCAAAGGUCCAGAUCAUGAGCUCCAUCAGCAGCAGAUUUUAAUUUGGAAUGGAAAAUAAUUGUUUAUGCAACAACUGUUAGUGCAUCGCAUCGACUCGUUCUUCUAAUCAAACUGAAAUGUAUCGGCGCCAAUGUAUCUAGGUUAUGUAUCGAAUCGUCUUGAAAGGGAAACUUGCACAUUCCUAGACAGUAUAUGUUUAGCAUUACCGUCUACGAAUGGGCUAUAGUAGCAGCAGCAAGUGGCUCAUUUGAAAUGCAUUAGCUAGCUAAAUCUUUCUAAGUUACCUGUAGUCACAACAGUAACGUUAACUAGCUAGCCAGUAAUCCAGUGUCAAUUUGGCUAGCUAGCGGCUAUAAAACUUUCAAUUAUGUUGGAUUGUUCUGGGUCCUGUUCUUGCUAGUGCCGAUGCAAAUGUGGCUAGCUAAUGCACUGUAGUACAGCUGUAUAUUGUUGUAACACACACACAUAUCAAUGUUUUAGCAAGCCUUAGUCUACCAACUGAGCAAAACACAUUAAUUGGUUCAAAUGUAAAUGCAUGGUUUUCAGUGAAUUUGUAAUAUUUGUUUGCGCCUCCUGUUAUAGGGAAAUACAUUGCUGCUACACAGCGACCUGAUGGAACCUGGAGAAAGCCUCGGAAAGUGAAGGAUGGUUAUACCCCUCAGGAAGAAGUCCCUGUGUAAGUAAUGCUACCUAAAAGUGACCUCUGUCAAGUCAACCUUUAUACUAAUGUUGUAUUCAUUUUGUUAGAAGCCUCUGCUAUAAAAUGGUUGUUUCCUAAUUUCCUCUCUGCGAAUCUCUUUGUUUUCAGCUACGAGAAUAAAUUUGUGAAGUUCUUCAAGGGCAAGCCCGACCUGCCACCAGGUAUGAGCCCCGGGGAUGCGGCCCAGGCAAGGCAGCAGCAGCAGGGGAUCCCUGGCAUUGCAGAGAGUGAGACAGCUGGGCUUUCCAAGACAGCCAAGCGAAACAUGAAACGCAAGGAAAAGCGCAAGCUGCAAGGCCCGGAUAGCAAUGUGGAAGCACUUAUAAAUGCUGUUGCGAAUGUGGCGAUUGCAGAGGGCGGUGACAGUGAGAUGGCUGCAUCUAACCCAGCUGAAGCUACUAAUGACCCUUCAGGAGCAGCAGCAGAAAAGGCCAAGAAGAUCAAGAACCUGAAAAAGAAGCUGAGGCAGGUUGAGGAGCUGCAGCAGAAACUGGACUCUGGGGAGAUUGCGCAAGCUACAAAAGAGCAGCUGGAUAAGCUUGGGAGGGCCAAGGCCAUACAGGACGAGUUGCUGCAGCUUGAAGAGGAUUCAUGAGAUUAAAAAGGUUGUCAAAAGGGCAGUAGACCAGUUGUGGAAGUUAGACUGUUGGAAAAUACAAACACCAAGUUCUAAAAGAAAUAGACAUUUACAUCUGCAUUGAUGAGCUUCCCUUGCGAACAUUUUUCGGGGAUUUGGUGUUAUCAAACAGCCAAUCAACAUUAACUUUGGCUUUGGAAUACCAAGUGUACAUAAACCCAACACCUCAAGUUAUGUUGUUGACAAGAACUGAUCAUGCUUUUCCCACACUUUCUCCAAAAACCAAUUAACGAACGACAAUGAGACAGCCAUGUUUUUCUCUUAAUUUGAAAUGUACUUUUAAAACAAUUGAACUGAUCCCUAACGCUUGUAUUGGCUAUUAACUUAUUGGCCAUUCAUAGUUGUAAUAGCAUUUAUUUUAGUGCUCAGUCUUUUUACUGUGAGUUUCUUAACUUUUUUUUUUUUUUUU